AUGCUAUUAACUUUUCUUGGUUUUUGGGUAGUGGUUCACGCAUUUUGUCAUUUUAUUCAACAAAAGUUUCAUUCGAAGAAAACAUUUACGAAUAGUUUUUUUCGAACUACAACAAAUAGAUCUUUUUUACCAACCUCAGGUCGUCAAACAACUCUUCCAGAAAUUCAUAUUUCAAAUCAACCCUUUAACGUACGAUUUACUACGAAUAUAUUAAAUCCAUAUUUUAAAUCACUUGCCAAUCGAGCACCUAAUUUCUGGAAAUUAUGGUUUAGCAUUGGAGCUUUUGUUGGAAUAUUAACCAUGAUAAUUGGUAUUGGUGUAAUGAUUAUGGCGAGUUGGAAAUUAGUAACAGGAUUUCUUGCAAUUAUUUGGAAAGUUGAAUCAAAUUCGUUUCCGGCUACCACCCCCAUCAACUUGAAUAAUUUUGUGAAAAGAAAUUUUAUCGAUGAAAAUCCCAAAGAAAAAGAUGAUUAUGAUAAUCAUCAAAUUCCUGGCGUCACUUUACCGAUGUCUCAUUUUGCAUAUUACUUAAUCGCGCUGUUAAUUUGUGGAGUGAUUCAUGAAAUGGGUCACGCCAUUGCCGCUGCAAAGGAACGAAUAGAAAUAAAGUAUACCGGAAUAUUUCUAUACAUUAUAUAUCCUGGAGCAUUCGUAGAAAUUAGCACACAUGAAAUGAAAGAACUUCCUUGUUUUAAACAACUUCGUAUUUUAUGCGCUGGAGUUUGGCAUAAUUUAAUAAUAUUUUUAUUGGGUUAUUUUAUACUUAACACUGGAUUAUUUACAUCUUUUUUAAGUCUUACUUUGUGGAGAUCAGUUGAUAAUAUGGGAGUUAGCGUAAUUUCUGUAGAAAAAAAUACACCUUUAUUUGAUCAUAUAAAACCAUCAAUGGUCAUAACAAAAUUGGAUGAUUUUGUUUUGAAUAAUUCUUUAGAUAAUUGGAAUAAUUAUUUAUUGGAAAAUAAUAAAUUAAACAUUAGUCAUCAUAUUGGAUUUUGUGCUUCGGAAAAUGAUAUAUCAUCUUCAACGGAUUGCUGUGAAAUUACUGAUGAUCAUCCUUAUGGGAAAGCAGAAGAUUCGUCUGUUUCUUGUUUUAAACGAAUAACAACACAACCAUAUGAAUUUCAAAAUAAUUCCAACAAUAACUCGCAACAGAAGAUAUUGGUUUGUCUACCAACAAUACCUAUUCUUGUAAAUGUUAAUGAACAACGAUGUAUUAAGGAUGAUGAUUGUAAUGUAAAAUCACCAUUAUGUGUAUUACCUUACUCCCCGCCAAGAUUUCCAAAAUCACUUAGAAUUUAUUAUAAAGAUGUUCCAUGGUCUGAAAAUGAACAAGAAAAUGUUUUAUUAUUUCUUGGAAAAUUACAAGAUGUUUGGGAAAUUGUACAAGUUAGUAUUCUACAACCAAGAUGGUCGUGGGUACCUUUAUGGAUUCCUGAAUCUUUAGAGUUAAUAUUAAGAUAUACCAUAUCAUUUUCAUUAGCAUUAUGUGUUCUUAAUAUAUUGCCAGCAUUUCAGUUAGAUGGACAACAUGCCUUGACAGCAUUAUUGCUAUGGAUCUUUGGAACUGAUCAAGAUCUAAGAGAAACUGCCAUAACAAAUAGUAAAAAAAAUAAAAGAAGAAAACAGAUUGAAAAUGGUAUAAGAUAUUUUGUUACUGGUUUAGUUGUGUGGGUUGUUGUAGGAACAUUGAUUUCAGGAAUAUUUAUUGAUAAUGUCUAA